GUUUCUGGAUACACAUUCACGUGUCUCCGAGUAAGGAGGCGGGGGAAUAGAUCCAAGCUCUCUGUUUAAGCGCUCGGGGCUGGAAUGAAAGCCCGCUGCACUCCGGAGCCAGUAAGGGCGGGUGGCUUUCCCAGCUACAGUGUCUCAGCGCUGCCCUGCCACCGCAAUGCCCGGGUGCAAAGGGAGGAGGCGGUAGAGGAGGGGAGAGGGUUACAGGGAAGCGCAAGGGAUUUCCAGCCCGCCGGUGUUACACGCUGGAAAGUGACCGAUGGCCGCUUUCCCCAGGGAUCCGUGAGCCUGAAUCCAGGGGGAUUGGCACUAGUGCGCACCACAGACUGGGGGACCCCGCCUGGGCUCCAGGGGAAGAGAGAGCUGGCGGGCUGGGGAUACGAUCCUUUAGCGGGGGCCUGGAUCAGACGGCGCCGGCGGCUGGCGGCCAAUGCCCGGGAAAGGAGGCGGAUGCUGGCUUUGAACGUGGCCUUUGAUCGUCUGCGGAGCGUCAUCCCAGCGCUGCGUAACGAAAAGAAACUGUCCAAAGCGGAGACUCUGCAGAUGGCCAAGAUCUACAUCUCCAUGCUAAGCGAGCUGCUGCAGCGGGGAAAAGGCGCGGGCGGCCCGCGGGACACGGGGCAGACACUGGCCGUGCAGAAGGGGGGAAGCACCCAGCGCCCAGAUACGGCUGUGCCCCCAUCCACCGAGAAAUGCAGCUCUAUACUUCCACCAGCCCAGAACUCAUCCCAGGCUCUUAAUUCACUACGGAGUGCCGCCACGGAGCCGAGAGCCACACGAUCCUGACACCAACUGCAGCGCCAAGGACAGCAGCCCAUGCCCACGGGGCUGGGCAGCGCGGAGCCCUGGGGGCUCAGAGAUAGUGGGCAGCCCGCCCCCGAAAACAGUGGAACUGCCUGCAGGAAGCGAAGCUAGCCUUUCCAGGACACAGCCCUACCCUGAAAUAAGGCACAGUCAGAGAAAGUAUAUAAUUGGACGGCUAAAACAGUUCAGGGCGACCCACACGUUGGCCAAAAGUGAAAGGCGGUUACAAAGAAAAGGACUGGGCUGGAUUGAGAGAGACGAUUCAGAGGAAAAGCUCGACAAGUCUGACAGUAGGUAGCUGUCCAAAUCGUUGUAAGCGGAUAUUUAUCGUCUAUGUGGGCUGAUUCCAACCGUACUUUUCUAUAGAGAAAGGCAGGAGACAAACUAGGCGACUAUGGCAACAGCUCUGAAGAAUGGUUUUGCUACGCUGAAGAGAAACACUUCAGCACAUUGUCACACUUAUUGCUGUUUUCAUUUCCAGUGCUGCUUUUUUUGGAGGUAGUGUUUAACUUUUAAACUCCUUCGGUAGUUGUAGCCCAGCAGCGUUUAAGUAGACAGGCAGCUAUCUUCCAUAGAUGCUUUCCAGAGACUUGUCCUUCACCUCUUUCUGUCACUUUAGAAUUCCCUUAAAUAGAUUCAGUGACUUGGCACAUCAGGAGAGAGAAAAGGUUUUGUUUCCAGUUAGCUACAGGUAGAGUUCAAACAGGGCUCAUGCACUGUUAAUUCUCAUCAGUGAGGAAAGGGCAGUUCUUCUACCAUCAGAGAGCAGUAAUGUUCAGCAAUAGGCAGAAGACAAUGUAUAGA